AUGACUCCCGUGGUACAAACGUUCAACCAUUUCGGCAUGGUCACAUAUUGCUCCAUGGGAUCUGAUCUGGGACAAGAGAUCAUCCGGGCGAGUGCUCUGGAUCUGGCCCUCGAAAAGCCUUACCUCAUGCAUGCGGUCAAUGGUAUCGCGGCUGCACACCUCUGCUAUCUACUUCCCGCUGCUCGACAUCCUGUGCAGCAUAACCAGAAUCAGCUCGCCAACUUGUACCACUUCAAGAAAGCAUUGCAGCUCUUUCGUGAUGAGCUGUCCGCCGGCAUCACGGAGGAAAACAUGAAUGCCGUGCUAUCGGCUGUAAUGCUGAUUUGCGUCCAUCAAUUUAUGCUCACCAAACCCCGACCGGAUCCCGGAGAGAGUUUUGUGUACGCGCCGGCAGGGCAGCGGAGGGAGUGUCUGAGAUGGCUGACCCUCCAGCACGGAUUCAAUGCUCUAUAUGCCGAACUGGGUGAAGUCAUCUGGGGAUCGAUCUGGAACCCAGUUUUUAUGGAUUCGGACUUCAAGGAACUCGCGUCCACGGCUAUGACUGCAGAAGGAGGGGACGAAACUCAUGCUUUGUUUCUUGAACUGUGCCAGGUCACCCUGGAAUCGUCAUAUGAGAACAACCCUUACUACGAAGCGCUGGAGCAUCUCCUUUUCCUACGUCGACUGAAACCCGGGAUGAAGUCAUUCAACAAGCUGAUCACGUUCGUCGCGGUGGUUGAAGGUGACUUUCUGCAAUUGUUGCUGUGCAGAGAGAAGCGAGCACUGUUGAUUCUGGCGCAUUGGUUAGCAUUGAUGAUGAGGGUAGAGCAGUGGUGGAGCAAUGGGAGAUGUGAAAACGAAUGCAUGGCCAUCACGACAUUCCUGAUGCACGAUCAAGAUGAAAGGGUUAAAGCCCUGCUGCGGUUUCCAGCAGAGAUUGUGCGAAUCGAUCUAACCACGGUCGAGCCAUUUCACGGAUGA